AUGGCUUUGAAAUUAACAGCGCCUCGAGUUCUUGCUGCUUCAUCUUUUUUUCUCACAGGAUUCAUUGCAUAUCGCUACGGAAGCGCGCAUCGUUUAAACAACGAAUCAUCUCCAUCAAACAUCAUGACUGUCAAUCACUCGUUUCAGACACAAUUUGCUGUCCCAUUAUCAUGCGAUGGCUGUGUAAAGUCUGUUUCAGACUCAGUUCUCAAGUUGGGUGGUAUAAGCAAGGUUGAGGGCAACCUCAAGGAUCAACUGAUAUACGUUGAAGGCUCUGCUGCGCCAUCGGCCAUUGUUGAGGCCAUUCAGGCAACGGGACGUGACGCCAUCCUACGAGGCUCAGGCACUUCAGACAGUGCUGCGGUCAGCAUAUUGGAAACAUACACAGACAAGAAACAAACGGCACAUGAAGGAACAAACCGCGAGGUCAGGGGGUUAGCGCGGAUGGUGCAGGUCAGCUCUGGGCGCACACUCGUGGACCUUACUGUGAGAGGUGUCUCGCCCGGGACAUAUUCAGCCUCCAUCCGCGAAUACGGUGAUCUUAAGGAUGGCGCUGAAUCAACUGGACCUGUCUGGAAGGGCCCUAGCGGCGAGGCAAAGGGUGAUCUCGGGAAACUAGAAGUCGGCGCAGAUGGGCGGGGAGCUGCGUUUGUCGACUACCCUUUUCAAAUAUGGGAGGCUAUUGGACAUGCCAUGGUCUUGACGAAACAGGAGGAUGCCCAAUCCCUGAAAAACGAUAUCGACACAGUUGUUGGCGUGGUUGCUCGAAGCGCUGGAGUGUGGGACAACGAUAAGACUGUUUGCUCCUGUACCGGGAAGACCCUCUGGGAGGAGAGGAAGGAUGAGGUCGCCAAGGGGAUGCUGUGA